AGUUCCGGCUGCCGCUCAGGUCAAAGACGGGUGCCGUGCGGACUGCUGAGUGACCUGCGGAGGCUGCGUGGCAGAGUCGUGUGCAGCGUUUCGGGCCGAAUUCUGCGGUUUGUGGUUCCCCGGUGUGCUCGCGGUGGCAGAAGGCAGUUGUGCAGUUCUGGAACAUAAUUACUGGAGCCAUGGUUGCUGCGUCCCAGGAUCUGCAUUAGCAGGAAGCUGGAAUCAGAAACCUAAACAGGAAAUAGAGUCCUGAUACUCCAGUGUGGAAGAACAGCACAGAGAAAGAGAUCAUCCAUCUACUGGCUGAGUCCCCUAAUGCCUGCAAGAGCCAGCCAGGGGUGAGCCAAGCCAAAUCCAGAGCCAGGAACCCCAUGUGGGUCUUCGAGGUGUCUUCUGAUGCACAGUGAUUGAAAUGGCCCAGAGUAAAAGGAAUUUUCUUGUAUGUCUGUUUUCCUCAAAAUGAGUGUUAGUGUAACAUUAAGACCUUUUGCCAGGUUUCUGGUGCCAUUUACCCUUCAUAGGAAGAGAAGGAAUUUAUGUUCAACAAUUCUGCAUAGAUGCUUGUCUUCCAAAAUACCAGCUGUGCCCUGUCCUAAUAAGGAGGGUACAUCUGCUCCUGAACAGCUAGAAUUGGAUGGAUGGAAAGCUACAAUGAAAUCUAGUGUGCAAGAAGCUAUUUCAACAGGCUUCAGUGACAAGGAUGAAGAUCCUCUAGUUGCCACCAGAGAAUUAAUUGAAAUGUGGAGAUUGCUUGGCAAAGAAGUACCAGAACACAUCACUGAAGAAGAGCUUAAAACCAUUAUGGAAUGUCCUUCUAAGUCAUCAAAAAAGAAAUAUUUGAAAUAUUUAUAUAUUAAGGAAAACCUGAAAAAAGCCAGGCAAAUAAAAAAAGAAAUGAAAGCAGCAGCAAAGGAAGAAGCAAAAAAAGUCAAGCUGCUAGAAACCACUGAGGAAGAUAAACAGCAAAACUUUCUUUUUCUACGACUUUGGGAUAGGAAUAUGAACAUUGCAAUGGACUGGAAAGGUGCUCAGGCCAUGCAGUUUGGACAGCCUUUAGUUUUUGACAUGAUUUAUGAUAAUUAUAUGAAACCAAAAGAACUACAGAAUGCAGUUUCUCAACUUUUAGAAAGUGAAGGGUGUAACAGAAGAAAUAUUGAUCCUUUCCAUAUUUAUUUCUGUAACCUUAAAAUAAAUGGUGCUUAUCAUAGAGAGUUAGUUAAACGUUAUGGAGAAAAAUGGGACAAAUUGCUUUUAACAGCAACAGAAAAGUCUUAUGUAGAUUUAUUUCCAAAGGAUGAUAUUAUAUAUUUAACUGCAGAUUCUCCCAAUGUUAUGACUACUUUUAGGCAUGACAAAAUUUAUAUAGUUGGAUCAUUUGUUGAUAAGGCUAUGCAACCAGGCACAUCCCUAGCCAAGGCAAAACGACUAAAGCUGGCAACAGAAUGCCUUCCAUUAGAUAAAUAUUUACAGUGGGACAUUGGUACCAAAAAUCUCACCCUAGAUCAGAUGAUGCGUAUUUUGUUAUGUCUGAAAAACUCUGGAAGUUGGGAAGAGGCUCUGAAGUUUGUUCCCAGGAGAAAGCAUAGUGGUUAUCUGGAGGUUUCACAACAAUCUCGAGAUUUUGUCAAUAAACUGAAGAAGGUAAAGACCUUUAAUUCAUUUCCAAAAGGCUCUCUAAAUGUACUUACACAAAAGAGAUAACUUGAAUGAGAAAAUUUGAUAAAAAGUAAAUGGAUUGCAAAUACAGUUUAUUUGUUGUAUUUCUUGUGAAGUAGAAAUAAUUUUCUUUUAAAGAUGUCUUUGCAAACCAGGGCAUUGUGUCUUUUCUCAGUUAAUUAAAUAUCUGUAAAACUUGGGAAUAUAUUUUGUUUAUUGUAAAAAGGCAAUCAGCCAAAAUAACGAGUUGAUUUUUUUUAACAGAAUAUCUUUUUUAAAGAUUUAUGUGUUUUACUUGAAAGGCAGAUUUAGAGAAGCAGAAACAGCAUUUUCAUCAGCUCGUUCACCCCCUAAAUGGCUGCAGUGGCUAGAGCUGGGCUGAUCCAAAGACAGGAGCCAGGAGCUUCUUCCAGAUCUCCCAUGUGUGUUCAGGGGCCCAAGUACUUGGGCCAUUUUCUGCUGCUUUCCCAGGCACAAUAGCAGGGAGCUGGAUUGGAAGUGGAACAGCCAGGACUUGAACAGUGCCCACGUGGGAUGCCAAUGUUGUAGGCAGUGGCCCAACCUGCUGUGCCUCAAUGCCGGUGCCCUGCAUUUGACUUUCAGACAGCCCACCAGAACCCUUUUCCAAGAUUUUUGGAUCUGAGAUCUAGCAUAGCCUACAUCAGUUCAUUUCAGGUGGUGGACUUUGAUAGGCAGGAGUCUCUGGGAUUGAUGAUUGACAAUGCCUUUCUAUGUUGAGUAAAUUAGAUUAUUGUAGAAGUGAAUAAAGUUUUGCAUAUACAAAAUAGAGGCCAAUUUCUGCAGCUGUUGAAAUCCCUGGUUCCAGUUGUCAGGUUCAGCUAUAGAUUAUCACUUGCACUUAUUGGUUGUUCAACUUCAUGAGAUACCUUAGUAACCUAAUAAAUGGCUGUUUUUCACCUAAACCAGUUUGAGUUGCAUUUCAGCCACUUGCUACCGAAUAAGCUGUAAUAUACUUGGGAAAAUGUAUACCUGUUCCCUAAGAAAAGAACUUUAGGAACAAUAUUCAUAAUUGCAUCCAAAUUUUUGAAAACAUGGAAAAUAGAAAUUAUGUGGCCACCUAUUCCUUCCUAUUUUCUGAUUUGGAAAUCUGUGAAAUAUGCUGUGUGAUAUAUUUACUAAAGCAGUACUUAAUUUUUGAUGAAGUACUUCAGUACUGACUACCAAAUGAGAUAGUGUACAGUUGACAUGAUUUAUUUAAACUAAGUUGUAGAUGUUAUUAACACCUUUUCAUAGAAGAAACCAGCCCUUCUUACAGGGGAAAAAAAUUCAGCCUUUAAAUAUAGACUCAAAAUACAAAAGAUCUGUCUAGCUGAUAAAUUACACCUAACCCAAAUUUCUAGGAUUAGGAAAGACCUUGAUAAGCUGAUACGUAAACUUAGACCUCAAUGGAAGUAUGGUAUGAAUGAAUUUCAACUGUAAGGCCCUACUAAGUGUCAAGGUACUAAUACUUGAGUUGCUUGAGGUACACUGAAGAGAAAAAUAGUACUGUAGUGUUAAGGAUAGGGAGUUGAAAAUGCCUGGCAGGAUUGGGACUAGAGAGGCAAGCAAGGCUCCUAGGUUGUCUCAUAUCUGUGCCUGAACGAAGUUCUGCUCUCUGGGUUCCAGCUCCACUCUUAAAGCCCCUGACAUUGCUUGUAUUGCUAAUCUCUUCAAAGUUUAGUUUUCCACAUCUGUAAAAAAAGGUGAUUAUAAAGUUUUUGAUACAUAAAGCAUGGUAUCUGGCACAUCUGUUCAACAGAUAUGAAGUC